CGGAGAUACUGCCCCCGCCGGCCGGCGUGCAACCAAAACAGGCAUGCCAUGAAUGUCCACAAAAAAAAGGCAAGUCACUCCCCACCCCUCUCCCAUCUCGCUCCAUGUGACUGCGAGACACUCCACUUCCCCCACCUUCUCUCUUCUCCGCCCCGCCGCCGCCUCCGUUCCUCCACCGCCGCCGCCGCCCGCAUUUCAUCAAACCCCACCUUCUCCUUGCAAACACAGCAGCAACUGGACGCCUCGACCCGGCUUCGCUUGGUUUCUCUUCCGAAUCUGCGCCGCCGCAUUUGCUCGCCUAACCCGGGCAGGGGAAGAGCACGGUGGCCUCCGGGUUCGACUGCUAAUUGUCACAGAGUGUUGCGAAUGGCGUCCAAGCUUCAGCUCUUGUCCUUCAUCGCCACUGGAGUUGUUAUUGCUUCACUCCUCCACUCUUGUGCAUCCAUUGACAUCCACCGUGAGCUGUCCGGCUGGUCCGGUGGCAUCGCCACGUGGUAUGGUGACGCUAAUGGCGCGGGAAGUGAAGGUGGCGCGUGCGGGUUCCAGUAUGCAGUCGACCAGCCGCCGUUCUCAUCCAUGAUUGCCGCUGGCGGCCCUGUCAUAUACGACUCCGGCGAUGGCUGUGGCUCGUGCUACCGGGUGGUUUGCGGUGGCAAUCAAGCUUGCUCUGGUAUUCCGGUGACCGUGGUCAUCACGGACCAGGGCCCUGGCGGCGGCCCAUGCCUUAGCGGGCUAGUCGACGGACAGUGCCAGAACGAGGCAGCGCACUUCGACAUGAGCGGGACGGCAUUCGGCGCCAUGGCGAAACCCGGGCAAGCUGACCAGCUCCGUGGCGCUGGCCUCAUCCAAAUCGAGUACACCCGCGUGACCUGUGACUGGACUGGAGUAGGCCUGACCUUCAAAGUGGACACCGGCUCGAACCCGAACUACCUCGCCGUCCUGGUCGAGUACGAGGACGGCGACAGCGACCUCUACGCUGUCGACAUCAUGCAGAGCGGCGCCGGGGCAACCGGAGUAUGGAUCCCGAUGCAGCAGUCAUGGGGCGCGGUGUGGAAGCUCAACUCCGGCUCCACCCUCCAGGGGCCCUUCUCCAUCCGGCUGACGUUCAGGUCCGGCAAGAUGCUUGUCGCCGGCAAUGCCAUACCUACCGGGUGGAACCCCGGCGUGGCGUACCAGCCAGGCGGCGUGGCGGUGAGGGAAAGGGCGAGCGGCGGCCGUCGGCGACAUGGGUUUGAAGGGAGGUUGGGCUGGCUGUAUCACCUUCCCCUGUUGCUGAUGGUGUUGUUCCAGCUGUGAUGCCUUGUGUUAUUCUGUGAGAACGUAAGCCGCGAUCAUCUAGCUAGUGUAGCUUAGCCUGGAGUCUUAGACAAUCUCUGUAAGUAUGGUUUAUGAUCAAACAAUUGGUGGUGAGGCCAUGGCUGGUGACAUGUCUUGGAUGUCAUGAUCUAAGCUUUCUUAAGACUUCAA